AUGCCAUGCCACCACACACCACACGUGUGGGAGGGGGCAAUAAACGAGUCAGGGGGCAUGGCAGAGAGUUAAGGGUUGGUCCCUCUCUCUGUUCCUGUUGGGUAUGUUCCUCUGUUUCAUCUCAUAUAAGAGAAAGCACACACACAACUUAGCUAAAGAGAAUUUUCAGAGCCUUCACAUUUAGCAUUAUUAUAUUUUCUCGUACUAUACUAGUACUCACUCUCCUAUUAUAAACCUCAUUCCUCUUCUGUCCCAUAACCAAAUAAAAAAAAAAAUGCGUGGCUGUUUAGAACCAUUAGAUUUAGGGGUUCAAAUUCCUUACCACUUCAGAUGUCCAAUCUCGCUCGAACUCAUGCGAGACCCAGUGACCGUCUCCACCGGUCAAACCUACGACCGAAAUAGCAUCGAGUCGUGGGUUAACACCGGUAACACGACGUGUCCGGUUACCCGGACCAAUCUCACAGAUUUCACCUUCAUACCAAAUCACACCCUCCGCCGUUUAAUCCAAGAUUGGUGCGUUUCCAACCGCGCUUUUGGAGUUCAGCGGAUUCCAACACCUAAACAACCCGCAGACGCUGCUCUUGUUCGUUCUUUACUUAACCAAAUAUCUUCACAUUCUGCCCCUACUCAACUACGUCUCAACUCGCUCCGGCGACUCAGAUCGUUAACUCGUGACUCGGAGUAUAACCGUUCUCUUAUAUCCUCUCUCAACGUUCGGAAUAUUAUAUUACCUAUUCUUUUUAACAACGGUUUAGACGAGUUAAAAAAUGAGUCACUCGCUUUAAUAGUUCUAUUUCCACUCAGUGAGUCAGAAUGUACUUCACUCGCUUCCGAUUCAGAUAAGAUUAACUACCUUACAAGUCUUCUUUCACAUGAUUCGUUCGAUGUUCGAGUUAACUCAGCAGCGUUGAUUGAAAUCAUCGUCGCCGGAACUCACUCGCCGGAGAUUCGUCUUCAGGUGAGCAAUGUUGACGGGAUCUACGACGGUGUUGUUGAGAUAUUGAAGAAUCCGAUCUCCUAUCCACGUGCACUGAAGAUAGGAAUUAAAGCUUUGUUCGCUUUAUGUUUGGUGAAACAAACGCGCCACCGUGCUGUUUCCGCCGGUGCACCUGUAGUACUUAUUGACCGGCUUGCUGAUUUCGAGAAGUGUGAUGCUGAGAGAGCAUUAGCAACGGUGGAGUUGUUAUGCCGUGUACCAGCUGGUUGCGCGUCGUUUGCCGGUCAUGCUCUCACGGUGCCGAUGCUUGUGAAGAUAAUAUUAAAGAUAUCGGAUCGUGCGACGGAGUACGCAGCCGGAGCACUCAUGGCGCUGUGUUCGGAAUCGGAACGGUGUCAACGAGAAGCAGUUGCGGCGGGGGUGCUGACUCAGCUUUUGCUUCUGGUGCAGAGUGAUUGUACUGAGAGAGCGAAGAGGAAGGCGCAACUGUUGCUAAAGCUUCUUCGGGAUUCGUGGCCUCAAGAUUCCGUUGGAAAUUCUGAUGAUUUUGCAUGCAGACAUUUUGACUGAUUUUUUUUUUUUUUAUCUUUUCAUUAUUGUAUUAAUCUCUCAGAAUUUGUAAUUCAUUAGUGGAAAAUUUAUUUAGAUUUGAAUACAAAAAUAGAUGAAAAAAAAAUGGACAUAGAUUUGUGAAUUGUGAAGUUAAUGAAGCUUAGAAUCUUUUUAUUUUA